AUGGCAUCUCCUUUGCUAAAAUCGGUGCGCGAAAAUACAACGCCCUUCUUGUUACAGCUCUUCUAUCGCACGGGAGCUCUUCACAGAGCAGAUGAGUUUCAGUCGCAGAGUCUCCCUCCGCACAUUUCUGUGUAUACGUGGUCGGAUUGUACUCUUCAAGAGUUGGCAUUGGAUCUCGCCGCUACCAAACCUUCAGCCUUCCCAUCACCUUCAGUGGGAUGCCGUUUAGUAUUCCAGCUGGUGUUUCCGGAUCUUCGUAACACAGCCACAGUACCAAACUCACCUCCUCGCUUUGGGGCUAAGGACCUCGGUAGUGUUGUGAUAGGUGGUGACUCUAGUUCGGGUGCACCUGGGGAUAUCUCCAUGAACGUGGCAGCAAAAGGUUCUGACGACAAACAUAAAACACUCAGCGGUGCCCGGUUCGUAGUUGGUGAUUAUAUCACUUGCGCCAUACUGCCGCCGCUCCCAGAUGGUUUAGUGGCACCCGUUUCAAGUGUGAGAAGCGAGCAGGCUUCGGGUUCGCAUGAAAGGGGACACGGCAUUUCCGGUCGCAGAGGCUCUAAGGGAAGCCGAGGCGACUGGAGAGACGAGGUUGGAGGAGACUUCCCCAUGGGCGAAUGGAGAAGGGGUGAAAGAUUACCAGAUGCCCUUGGUGGGAGACCGAAAGGCAGAGGGAGGUGGUAG